AAAAAAAAAAAAAACUUUUAGGCUUUUAGAUUUUUAAAGGGCACAAACACAGAGUCGCAAGGUUCUCUCUGGUUCGCUCUUUGUGGCGGCUCGUCUUCUUCUUCUUCUUCCACGGAGACUCUCUCUGAUCGGUGAAUCUCACGCUUUAGAGGGUUUCGAUCUGAAACCUUGCGAUCUACUAGAUAGAGAGAUUUAUCCAAGUAAUAAUAAUAAUGUUUGCGCCUGCGACUCAACCGCAACAGCAUCAACAGCCGCAGCAGCAGAAGCGGAAGCAAUCGGAGACUGUUUCAUCUGCUGAGGAAGAAGCUUUGAAGUGGAACACCGAUUGUGUUUACUUCCUUGCUUCUCCUUUAACCUGCAAGAAGGGACCUGAGUGUGAGUAUCGCCACAGUGAGUAUGCGCGUAUGAACCCAAGGGAUUGCUAUUAUUGGCUGAAUGGAAAUUGUAUGAAUCCCAAAUGUGGCUUUAGGCAUCCUCCUUUGGAGGGAUUGUUGGGAAAUCAAGGAGGUGCUCAUGCUGGUUCUGUGCAGCCAUCACAUGCAACCGCUCAGAAUCCUGGUGUUGCAAAACAGCCGGUUCCAUGUGUCUUCUUUCAAAAAGGCAUGUGUGUGAAAGGGGAUAUGUGUUCAUUCUUGCACACGCCGAAUCCUGCUGCUUAUAAGAAACAGCAUCCCGUAGAAGCUAAGCCUGCUACUGAUCCUCAGAUUUCCAAAAAGCCAGCUGAAAAUAACACUGGAGAGAAGAAAUUUCCUGAUGCUAACUUCCCAAAGGUGGUUAAAGCACGUACUGACAUAUCAGCUGCACCAAGAGUCGCUUCUGCUGGACUAAGGGAUAAUAGAAGUGUAGAGGGAUACGCUCCAAAACAUGCGGGCUAUGACCCUGUUGUGCAGAGAAUAGGUCCGACUCAGUUGCUUCAGAAAUAUGGGUCUGAUGAUAAUAGUAAUUUUCACAAUGGUAAGGAUGCAGAUGACUUAAGAGAGUCAUCUCCUGGGUUUGAUGUUCUUGUGGCUGGAGAUACUGAGUAUUAUCAUGUUGAAGAUCGAUAUGGACGGAGAAGUCAGGAGGGAGGAAACCCAGAGUAUGACCCUGAUUUCAGUGCAAUUGCAGAUGGUGAUAGAGAAGGAUUCCGUGAUCAGAGGGAAUACAGGUAUGCAUGGGGCCACCGUCGAGUUUCAUCUGAGAGAGGGGAUCGUUUGGACAGAAGGGUUUAUGCAGAAGAUGAGAGAUCAGAGAACAUACAGGAAUCGGAUCUGAGAUAUCGUUUGGCUAAGCAGAGGAAAGGCAAUGGUAUGAGAUCAGUAGGAAGCCAUGACUAUGCUGCUCCUGAAUCUUCUAUGGAUAGAGGAUAUAGAGACUCUCGUAGGGACACACAUAGGGAAAACUCCAUUAGCAGUAGCCGUCUUCAGGGUAGAAUUAAGCUUCGUGAGAGAAGCAAUGGCGAAGAAGGACACUUCGACAGAAGAAGUGAGAGAGGAAGGGACAGAAGUGAGCUAUCAUCUCACGGUAGACUCCGAGAUAGAAUUAAGGGUAGGUUAGAGGAAAAUCAUAGUGGUAUUCAGGAAAGAGGACUCCGGGCUCCAUGGGCUAGAAGAAGAGAACUGGAAGAAGAAAGAAAAUUAACUCCAAUAAGCAUUGCAGAAACUAGAAGCAGCAAAGUGGAAAGUAAGCCAGAGCAAUCUCUUGGGAAGAGGAAAAGCUUGGAAGAGGAUCAUCAUAGUCAUAAGCGAUCAGGAGACUCAUUUGCAGCUCCGUUGCCUUUCAGUGAGAUUCUCAAGAGAAAAAGAGCGGCUGCAUCUGGUGGUAGGAGCUACAAGGACGAGACCNGGUGGAGCCCCUUAAUCAUUUCUUAA